AUGCCCCAUCCAUCCGUUUUAAUUCUAGGCGCAGGAUGCUUCGGACUUUCAACUGCUUAUGAACUCCUUCAGCGCGGUUACCAAAACGUAACCAUCAUUGACCGGGCCAGCGAGCUUCCCGCUCCAGAUGCUGCUUCGACAGACUUGAACAAAAUUGUCCGUUCUGCUUAUCGAAACCGCGCAUACACACGGCUCGCGUUGGAAUCCAUUCGGGAUUGGAAAACAGGAGACUGGGAUAAUGCCUACCACGAGUCAGGCGUUCUGGUUUGCGGAGGUGCCGACGGCACGAUCUACUCGAAAGCAGCGCACGAAAACGACUUAGCUGCUGGAUGUAGGGUGGAAUUGUUGCCCAAAGUAACAGACGUCAGGCGGUGUUUUCCUGCUGGAGUAGCACUCGGUGAAAUUGCAGCCGCGAAAGAUGAAAACAGUGGGCUCGCGCGGAAUUGGGCGUAUUUCAACAAAGAUGGGGGAUGGGUAGCCGCGACAGUGGGGAUGAAGGCGCUCCUGAGGCGUGCUCGUACGUAUGAGGGUCGAGGAUUGACCAUUUUGACCGGGCACCGGGUGACUGGAUUGGAGAUCGACCAGCAAGGUCAGGCCGUGGGGGUAAAAGUAACUACAAAUGGCAACGAAGAGAUUUUUUCUGCCGAUGUACUUGUUUUGGCUACGGGGGCCUGGUCUUCUUCCUUGUUCCCAGAUGAAUCAUUUGGAUUAGCGAAACUGAUGCAGGCGACAGGACAUACAUCCCUGACCGUCCAGCUCACACCGGAAGAGUACGAGAUUUACAAAAAUGUACCCACCCUGUUUGACAAGGAAACCGAUUUGUAUACUAUGCCACCGACUCCAUCCGGUCUGCUCAAAUGGGGGCUACAUCACAAGGGGGCUGUUUCGGCCCACAGCGUUUCAACCCCUCGAACAGGAGUCUCCAAGGACAAUGAUUCGCCACUUGAUUCCACGGCUCGAGUCGGAGUGGACGGAGCUGGCGCGUCAUGUGCAGUCCCGAAGCGUAUGUUGAAGCCCAUGCGUGAUGCGAUGAGGAAGUUGUACCCAGAUAUUGCCGACCGAGACUUUGCUUCGAGCCGGAUUUGUUGGUACGCAGAUACAAGCGAUGAGGAUUGGAUCGUUGAUUAUCAUCCUGACCACCCUCGUUUGCUCCUGGCUACCGGCGGCUCGGGCCAUGGAUUCAAAUUCCUGCCUGUUCUUGGCCGAGUUAUCGCCGACCGACUUGAGAACAAGUUGGACGUCGAGUCACGAGAUCUCUUUUCAUUCACCAGAGUCCGCUCUGAUGAACAUGUGGAGCGCGCUGGAGAGAGCUUCGAGAUUGUGGAAGAGGAACUAACUAUUCCCACCGACCUGAAAGCGAAGUGA